UCCAAGAUGGCUGCCCGCAUUUGUAAACAUGCGACUUAAUCUGAAAGCUAUUGGUGUUCAAAGUUUAUAGUUCCGUAUCAAAUAUUUCUGUCGCUUGUUCGCGUGAUAUCGAAUUAUUUGAUAUUAACACUUAAUGCGGAAUUGAUAAUAAAGCAGACAUCAGUGUGUUAGUGACUAUCGAGCCAGAAAAGCUAACAUUAGCGAGCUAACUGGUAACGUUAGCCAGGCAGCGGAGAGCCAUGCAAGCGCAGACCAUAUUCGUUGGUCAUCUACCAGCUUCAGCUUCAAAUGAACGGCUGACGGAAAUAUUCUCUGAAAUUGGUCCGGUGAAGCAAUGCUUCGUGGUCAGAGAGAGAGGCACAGACAAAUGUCGGGGAUUCGGCUAUGUCACAUACUCCAUGCUGGAGGAUGCACAGCGAGCCUUGAAAGAAGUCAGAGAAUACGAUGGACAGAAGCUGGCGUUAUCAGUGGCGAAGAGGAAGAUAAAAGACAAAAGGAAAACAGGACCUAAAAAGCCAGCAGCGGCACCCGAGGAACCAGCUGCAGCAGCCAAAGAGCCAGCUGCUGCACCUGAGGAAGAUCAGCAGAAAUCCAAAGGCCUCAGGAAAAAGUUUCUGAAAGCUAGACUCAUCAUAAGGAACCUUAGUUUUCAGUGCUCAGAGGAGGAUCUCAAACAAGUCUUUUCAAACUAUGGAACAGUUCUUGAGUCCAAAAUUCCCCUCAAACCUGAUGGGAAGAUGCGAGGAUUUGCCUUUGUCCUUUUUAAAAAUGUGUCUGAGGCAGCGAGAGCGCUCAAUGCCAUGAACAUGAAGGCGAUAAAAGGUCGACAGGUAGCAAUUGACUGGGCUGUGCCUAAGGACAAGUUUAUUGCCACACAGAUGUCCGCAGGUGCAGGAAAUAAGAAUACAGAGAAAACACCUAUAAAACAGGCAGACUCAGAGAGUGACGCUGAAGAAGAGGAGGAAGAAAAGCCACAAGCAGCACCUGGGAAGAAAAAAGUCACUUCAAAACCAGCUGUGCAGCAGGUGGAAGAAUCCCAGUCAGAUGAUGAGGAUGACAGCGAGGAUCAGGAUGACGAGGAUGAUGAUGAGGAAGAAGAUGAGGAAGAGGAUGAUGAUGUGUCCCAGGAAGAAGACGACGACGAAGUUGAAGAUGAUAAGAGUAGCCUUGAUUCAAAUGAUGAUCAAAAUGACAGUCAAGAUGAAGAGGAUGAUGAGGAUGAUGAAGAAGAUAAAACAGCUAAGAAGAAGACGACCUCAAAGAAACUUCUCCCUUCAGAUGUGAACGAGGGCAAGACUGUUUUCAUCAGGAACCUGUCCUUUGAUACGGAGGAAGAGGGUCUGGAGGAAGUUCUCCUGAAGUACGGAGAGCUGAACUACAUAAAGAUUGUUGUCCACCAUGACACAGGGCAUUCAAAAGGUGUUGCAUUUGCGCAGUUUAAGAGCAAAGAGGCUGCAGACAAAUGCAUGGCUGAAGCACAAGAUGAGGCAGAGAAUGGUGGCAUCCGUGUAGACGGCAGAAAGCUGUUGAUUGUGCCAGCGGUGACCAGAGAGGAUGCCGCCAAGCUGAAAGUGGACAAAAAGAAAGUAGAAACGGGCACCAGGAACCUGUACCUGGCCAGAGAGGGGUUGAUCCGUGCUGGAACCAAGGCAGCAGAGGGAGUGCCUGAAGCAGACAUGGUCAAAAGAGCCAGGUUUGAAGAAAUAAAGAGGACCAAGCUUCGGAGCUUAAACGUGUUUGUGUCAAAGACUCGUCUGUGUGUCCACAACCUGCCCAAGUCAGUGGACAAUAAAAAACUCAGAGCACUCUGUCUCCAAGCGGUAAAAGGAAGCAAGGGAGCCCGCGUCACAGAGUGUCGGGUGAUGUAUGACAAGAAGCCAGAGAAGGGUCAGGUGAUGGGACAGUCAUUAGGUUAUGGCUUUGUCCAGUUCCAGGACCAUGAACAUGCUCUCAGCACCCUGCGUUACCUUAACAACAACCCAGACAUCUUUGGCCCCCACAAGAGACCUAUUGUCGAGUUCUCCCUGGAGGAUUCAAGGAAACUCAAGAUAAAAGAAUUGAGACGACAAAAAAACAAGGAGUUUUUCCAGAAUCGGCUUUUUAAAGGAGGAGCGAAACCUCAGUCCCAGACAGCCGGAGCAGGAAGAGAACCCAGGAAAGGUGGAAAUAAAGCACAGUCCUCAUCAGAGCAGACAGGACAGAGAGCUCUGAGUCAGAGCCAGAAGCAAGGCGGACGCCAUAUGGGCUUCCAGACCACACCUGAGGUCGAGCACGUAGAUUUGGAGAACGGGAAGAAACGAAAGAAGAUUCUACCCUUUCCUUCUCAUCGGGGACCUAAGAACAGAAUGCGUGACAAAGGGAAGCAACAGGCUCCGCCACCCAAGAAAGCAAGGCCAGGAUCCAACAGGAAGGACCGUCAAAGACGACAGAUGGAAAAGCCCACUCAGCCCAGAAACAAGAAGAUUAAUACAGCAAAGACGCAUUUCAAAAGAAGGGACGGGGACCGUUUUGACAGCCUGGUGGAGCAGUACAAGAAGAAACUGAUGGGGAACAGUGAUAGGAACAACACCAGCAAAAGAAACAAGUGGUUUGAUAGUUAAUGCUGUGUGUGUGUGUGUGUGUGUGUCUGUGUGUGUUGUUUUGUGUGAGUGUGAGAGAGAAAAUGUUUGUGAAGUGUAUAAGGCUACCACAACAGAAAUCCUCUUCAUUUGAUAUCCAGAGGUUUUAAAAUAAGUACAAGUCUCAUAAAUUAAUUUUGUGUCAAACUGUACAGUGUAUGAUGACCAUGUAUGAAACUUCACUGUCACUUAACUUCAUCCAUCUUGCUCCUGCAUUUUUGUAAUUCAUAUUGUUUCUUUCUCAGUACUAAAACAAGAUGAAAAAUGUAAGGAUAGUUUUUUCCCAUGUUCUUGGUUUUUAUAAAAA